GGACCAAGGAGGUACAUACCAAGGAGUCGUGAGAAAGGUCAUGAUGAUCUCGUCGCUAAUUAUUUUUCCGCAAAUCCUAUAUACACCGAUGAAAUGUUCCGUAGGAGAUUUCGCAUGAAUAAACCCUUGUUUCUUCGCAUCGUACAUACUUUAAGUGAGAGGUUUCCUUAUUUUACACAAAGGCCGGAUGCAACUGGUAGAGAAGGGCUGUCAUCACUUCAAAAGUGUACAUCGGCUAUUCGGAUGCUAGCAUACGGUACACCGGCAGAUGCACUUGAUGAGGUGCUCAAGAUUGCUGCAAGCACUUCAUUGGAUAUUUUGGGAAAAUUUGCUAUUGGAAUUAUUGAAUGUUUUGGUAAUGAAUACUUGCGCCCUCCUACUACCGAUGAACUAGAAAAAAUUUUACAAGUCAAUGAGGCUCGAGGUUUUCCUGGAAUGUUGGGAAGCAUUGAUUGUAUGCACUGGGCAUGGAAGAAUUGUCCAAAAGGAUGGGCUGGUAUGUUCACACGUGGUGAUAAGGGUGUUCCAACUAUGAUCCUCGAAGCAGUGGCCUCUCAUGAUCUCCGUAUAUGGCAUGCCUUCUUUGGUACCGCCGGAUCUCAGAACGAUCUCAAUGUUCUAAACAAAUCACCACUGUUCAUCGAUGUCAUAAAAGGUGAAGCUCCUAAGGUACAUUACAUUGUAAAUGGAAAUCAGUAUGAAAUGGGCUACUACCUCGGUGAUAGAAUAUAUCCAGAAUGGGCGGUGAUCGUGAAGACAAUAUCGUCUCCUCAGACGGAUAAAGACAAACUAUAUGCAAAGAUGCAAGAAGGAGCAAGAAAGGAUGUCGAGUGCGCAUUUGGCGUUUUGCAGUCCCGCUUUGAUAUUGUUCGUCGACCGGCAAGGCUAUGGAAGCAGAUGGACGUUAUCAACAUAAUGCAAGCUUGUGUUAUCCUUCACAAUAUGAUUGUGGAAGAUGAGAAGGAAUUGGUUAGAGUUCCUUUGGAUGUCAAUGAGAAUGCGAGUGCGACGAUAGUGCUCCCGCCUGAAGUUCGCACUAGCAACGACCCUAAUCCAUGCUUUACAGAGGUACUUCGGAGGAAUUCCGCUAUCCAAGCUCGGCCCACGCAUAGGCAACUCAAGAAAGAUCUAGUCGAGCACAUAUGGCAGCGCUAUGGAAAUAGAGGAAAUUAG